UGCAUGAACGCUCUCUCCCUCGACACAGAGUGCAUGAAGACGCUGUCAGGAGAGACGAGGAUCAAAGCACAAGUCUUGAGAAAUGUGGCUUCUUUACAUCCUGGUGGCAGUCUUGUUCUGCAGAGUGAGAGGGUCCAUCCCCAUCCCCCAGAAGCAAUUUGGAGAAGUGACGUCCCCUCUGUACCCCAAGCCUUACCCCAACAACUUUGAAACAACCACUGUGAUCACGGUUCCCCAAGGAUACAGGGUGAAGCUCGUCUUCUGGCAGUUUGACCUGGAACCUUCUGAAGGCUGUUUCUAUGACUAUGUCAAGAUCUCUGCUGACAAGAAAAACCUGGGGAGGUUCUGCGGGCAACUAGGUUCCUCACUGGGCAACCCCCCUGGGAAGCAGGAAUUUAUGUCCCAAGGAAAUAAGAUGUUGCUGACCUUCCACUCGGAUUUCUCCAAUGAGGAGAAUGGGACCAUUAUGUUCUACAAGGGCUUUCUAGCCUAUUACCAAGCUGUGGACCUCAAUGAAUGUGCUUCUCAGCUCAACUCUGCCGAAGAAGAUCCCCAGCCGCGGUGCCAGCACCUGUGCCACAACUAUGUUGGUGGCUACUUCUGUUCCUGCCGUCCGGGCUAUGAGCUUCAGACAGACGGGCGUUCUUGCCAGGCUGAGUGCAGCAGUGAGCUGUACACAGAGCCAUCGGGCUACAUCUCCAGCCUGGAGUACCCUCGUCCCUACCCCUCUGAUUUGCGCUGCAACUACAGCAUCCGGGUUGAGCGCGGUCUCACCCUCCACCUCAAGUUUCUAGAGCCUUUCGAAAUUGAUGACCAUCAGCAAGUACACUGCCCCUAUGACCAGCUGCAGAUUUAUGCCAAUGGGAAGAAUAUUGGUGAAUUCUGUGGCAUGCAGAGGCCCCCUGAUCUUGACAGCAGCAGCAACGCCGUCGAUCUGCUCUUCUUCACAGACGAGUCAGGGGACAGCCGGGGCUGGAAGCUGCAUUACACCACUGAAACCAUCAAGUGCCCCCAGCCCAAGACACUAGACAAGUUCACCAUCAUUCAGGACCUACAGCCUCAGUACCAGUUCCGUGACUACUUCAUUGCCACCUGCAAGCAAGGCUACCAGCUCAUGGAGGGGAAGCAAGUGCUGCUAUCCUUCACAGCUGUUUGCCAAGAUGAUGGCACAUGGCAUCGUGCCAUGCCCAUGUGCAAGAUCAAGGACUGUGGGCAACCCCGAAGCCUGCCUAAUGGUUACUUCAAUUACACCACCACAAAGGGAGUCAAUACCUACCAAGCUCGUAUCCAGUACUUCUGCCAUGAACCAUAUUACAAGAUGCAGACCAGAGCUAAAAGCAGUGAGUCCACACAAGGGGCAUAUACCUGCACAGCCCAGGGCAUUUGGAAGAAUGAACAGGAAGGAGAAAAGAUUCCUCGGUGUUUGCCAGUGUGUGGGAAACCAGUCAACCCUGUAGAACAGAAGCAGCGUAUCAUCGCAGGACAAAAGGCCCAACUGGGCAACUUCCCCUGGCAGGCGUUCACCAACAUCUACGGACGAGGUGGGGGAGCCCUCCUAGGCGACCGCUGGAUCCUCACAGCUGCCCAUACCCUCUACCCCAAGGACAACGAUGCACAAACCAAUGCCACUGUGGAUGUGUUCUUGGGCCACACAAGUGUGGAUGAGAUCAUGAAACUUGGAUACCACCCCAUCCGAAGGGUCAGCAUCCACCCAGACUACCGUCAGGAUGACUCCAACAAUUUUGAGGGAGACAUUGCCCUGCUCGAGCUGGAAAACAGUGUCACCUUGGGCCCUAACCUCCUCCCCAUCUGCCUGCCAGACAAUGAGACCUUCUAUGACAGUGACCUCAUGGGCUACGUCAGUGGCUUUGGGAUAACAGAGGAGAAAAUUACUUCUCACCUCAGGUUUGUCCGUCUGCCUGUAGCUAGACGAGAAGCCUGUGAGUCCUGGCUCCGAGAAAAGAAAAGGAAUGAUGUGUUUUCUCAAAGCAUGUUCUGUGCUGGGGACCCAAACCUAAAGCAGGAUUCCUGCCAGGGGGACAGUGGAGGGGUCUUUGCAGUGAAGGAUCCUAAGACUGAUCGCUGGGUGGCCACGGGCAUCGUAUCCUGGGGCAUUGGGUGCAGCAGGGGGUAUGGCUUCUACACCAAGCUGCUCAGCUAUGUGGACUGGAUCAAGAAAGAGAUGGAAGAGGAAGGCUGAGCCCAGGAUUCACUAGGUCAGAAUCCUGAGAGCAGUGUGUAAAACAGAAUUAUCCGUCCAGUUGUUGAUAACCACUCAGAGCCCAUAUUAAAAUCACUGAUGCAGAAAGACAUUGUGUGAAAACAUUUUCUUUUCUUCAAUCUCAUCCGCAUCCUUUACCUGAAACAACCCAAAAGUCACCUUUCUUCCUUCCAAUAAUUCCUGAAGACAUGUUUUCACAAUCUAUACCUAUCAUUUACCUUUUCCAUUUUUAUACCAUUGGAUGCUUGAAGAAAACUCUUUUUCCAAAUAAAAAUCUAUAAGAAACUCCA